CCCAGUAGCCUACUGUUGUAUACCAGCAUUUAAAAUAAUAAUAAAAAAAUACGUUAAAUAUAACUGCACUGUGGUUAUCCAGUUAGGUUAUAAGGAUGAAAGCUCAGAAAAAAAAGCUAGCUAGUGGACAUUAAAUCAAGAUUAUUUUUGUCAAACUACUUUUCCAAAUGCCCAAAAAAUUACUUUUUCACUCCAAUAAAUAUAUAUAUUUUUUAACUUUAUUUCAUUGGUACCAUGUUACUUCAAUUUUCCCAGUAGCCUACUGUUGUAUACUAGCAUUUAAAAAUAAUAAUAAAAAAAUACUACAUUAACACAUUUCACAUCUCAUAUUACAGAAAAUACAUAAGGCUGUUGUUGUUAUCCUACUCUUGACCAGAAGGAAGUUAGCUUGACAUUAGUCAUCAGCUAUUCUGGAAUUAUUGCUCUCAAAACCAAAUCCAAUAUCAACCUAACUUCAUCUUGCCAGAAAAUAGUAGCUGCGUCACACUACGUCACUCUACGUGAGUUCUACGUACCGUUAGUUUAACGUUAAACUUGGACUGAGAAAACGUCGUGUUUAUGCUGUUGUUUACAUUUUAUGUGUCAAACGUUUUUGUUCCCUUGGAAACGCCACCGUGUCCGUGUAGUGGAAACCUCAACCUGACGUCCUGACAUCUUUUUUAACCAGUUAUUAGCGAGAUGUAUGGACCCUGGAAAGCAAGAAGAUCCUGUCAAACCUGGACUGAUCAGCUGGUCAACCAACAAUUCUGCAGGGCAUUGACCCACAGUCCACCCUGCAGUGAAGGCGACAACAAAAGGCAUCCUUUCUCUGCCAAAACAUAGGUGACAGGUGCAGACCAGAUCUCUAUGCACUGACAAAAUACAGACUCUGCUGUGCCAACACAGGCAGACAAGAUCCAAAGACGCAUCGAAACAACAAAAACCAAACAUCACAGCGUUCCCAAAUGUCACAUUAUUGUGUGUUGUACACGGACAGAAGCUAACGAGACGGGGAGACAGGAACGUGAUUCUCCUUGGAGAGAGGCAAUUUUUCGCUGCCGCGUCCGAGUCCAAAAAUAACAAAGAACAAAGGCGGAUAAAUGAGCUGCCGCUACUGCUGCUGCUGCUGCUGCUGCCGCCGCGUCAAGACAUAACCAUCCCUGCCUCAUCUAUAGCGGGCACACACAUCUAAACACACAGACACACACACACACAGUGGACAGCAAUAAAGACAGAGCAAAGAAGCAUGAUGAUGGGAAUUGAUGGCUGGAUAGAGAGUGAGGAGAAAAGGGGUGACCGGUUGGAGUCCAUCAAUGAUGAUGGGUUGAGUCGUAGAGAUGCUGACAUCUUUGGAGAUGAUUGAUUCGCCCCGUCUGGCCAGAGAGGAGUGGAGAGCAGAGCGGAGCUGCAGCCUCCCCGGGGCUGCAGCUUCCUGCCGCCCUGCCAUGGCACCACCACAGUGUCACUUCAACAGUGAUGGAGCCCCCAGCCCCCCCCACACCCCUCCCAGUCUCCCCCCACACCCCUCCCAGUCUCCCAUCUCUUGUCUCCAGCAAGCUGCUGCAAUCAGCACAGGCCCUGAUUGGACUUGGGCAGGACAGAUUGGGAAGCCGUGAUGGCGGCACAGAAGUUGAGGGAGAAGCUAUUUAUCCCAGACGGAUCAGGAGGUGUGUGACGGAGGUGUGGACGGUUGCUGCAGUUCUUACAUGGACUAGACCAGUGGUUCCCAAACUAGGGGUUGAUGAGCUGAAUCUACGGGGUUGUGAGAGCAGCAGAGGAGAGGCUGCUGACUGGGAGCAGGAGGGGGAUUUGGCAGCAAGGUGUUGGAAGGCGAUGCACUCCUCCCGGUCUCUCUCUCUGUCCAUCUCUCCAUUUCCGUCCUGGCUCUCCCCCCUUACCCCACCCUCCACCUCUCUCUCACCCUGUAUCAUACUUCAUUUGCUCCAGAUAACACAUCAGCUUCAACGCCCAUCCACAAACUCUGUCACCAUGAUGCCCACAGAUGGCAACUUCCUGUGGUCCUGCCCAGUGAUUGGUGGAGAGACUUCCAAACAGAGAACAGCUGGUCUCGCUGUUAAUGGAAAGGAGAACUAUACACUUUCAACACCAGAGGGAGCCAUUUCGAACCAAAUGGACCACAAGACUUUAUGUGACCCGCCAAGAUACCACACCACAGUAACCCACAACUAAGGACCACCUGAAGUGUCCCAGACUUCCUCCACGUCCCCAAACCACCAACGUCUAACACACGGACACCGUGGCCAUUAGACAAGUCUGACCUCCUCUGACCUUUGAUCCUGCAACUCUCUCCAGGCCAAGGUGUGGGGUCGCUUUUCAACCAUGCCUCUCUCAUGCAGAGCGAUGGAUCCCGAAGCGGCAGCCGGGGCUGGUG